GCUGCCGCAGUGCUCCCGCUGGUGCAGAGCUCUGGUCGCCAGAUCACAGACCUACUCCCGCCAUCCUCCUGCAGCAGCUCGUCCACUCUUUCCGCACCGUCCGGCUCGCUAUGCGCUCCGCCGCGGUUCUGGCGCUUCUGCUGUGCGCCGGGCAAGUCUUUGCCCUUCCUGUGAACAGCCCCAUGACAAAAGGGGACACCAAGGUGAUGAAGUGUGUCCUGGAAGUCAUCUCCGACUCGCUGUCCAAACCCAGCCCCAUGCCUGUCAGCCCCGAGUGUCUGGAGACCCUCCAAGGAGAUGACAGGAUCCUCUCUAUCCUCCGACACCAGAAUUUGCUGAAGGAACUUCAAGACCUGGCUCUCCAAGGUGCCAAGGAGCGGGCCCAGCAGCCACCAAAGCAGCAGCAGCAGCAGCACAGCAGCUUUGAGGAUGAGCUCUCAGAAGUGCUUCAGAACCAGAGCCCUGAAGCCAAGCCUGGAGAGGCGGCAGCAGAAGCCCCCUCCAGGGACACUGUGGAGAAGAGGAAGGAUUCUGACCACGGGCAACAGGACGGCUUUGAGGGAACCACAGAGGGACCUGGGCCUCAGGCCUUUCCAGAGCCCAAGCAGGAGUCCCCUAUGACGGGAAACAGUCAGUCCCCUGAGGAGGACACAGCCACCAAUACCCAGUCACCAACCAGCCUCCCCAGCCAGGAGCAUGUGGACCCACAGGCCACGGGAGACAGCGAGAGAGGCCCGAGUGCCCAGCAGCAAGGCAGAAAAGCCACGCAAGAGGAAAAAGAGGAAGAGGAGGAGGAAGAGGAAGAAGAGGCGGUGGCUAGAGAGAAGGCUGGGUCCGAAGAAGUCCCCACUGCAGUAUCCAGUUCCCACUUCCCUGCUGGCUCCGAGGACAUCCAGAAAGAUGAUGGUCAGUCGGAGUCGCUGGCAGUGGAUGGAGGUGGAAAGACGGGGCCUUCUGAAGCUCUGCUGUCUGAAGGGAAGGGGAAGCCGGAGCACUCUCAGCAGGAGGAAGAUGGCGAAGAGGCGAUGGCAGGGACCCCCCAAGGUCUCUUCCCGGGUGGGAAGGGCCGGGAACAGGAACAUAAGCAGGAGGAAGAGGAGGAGGACGAGGAUCGUCUGUCCAGAGAAUGGGAGGCCAAGCGAUGGAGCAGGAUGGACCAGCUGGCCAAGGAGCUGAGAGCAGAGAAGCGGCUGGAGGAGGAGGAUGACCCCGACCGCUCCAUGAAGCUCUCCUUCCGGGCACGGGCCUUUGGCUUCAGGGACCCUGGGCCUCAGCUCCGCCGGGGCUGGAGGCCAUCUUCCAGAGAAGACAGUGUGGAGGCCCGAGGCGACUUUGAGGAAAAGAAGGAAGAGGAGGGCAGUGCCAACCGCAGAGCAGAGGACCAGGAGCUGGAGAGCCUCUCAGCCAUCGAGGCAGAGCUGGAGAAGGUAGCCCACCAGCUGCAGGCUUUGCGACGGGGAUGAGGCACAGGCUGGUGGGGCCAGCCAUGGCUUCAGGGCCUGACUGCUGCUCAGAUAGGGCUGCUUCCAGCCAUAGAGCCCAGGUUACCCCUUUUGCCCCUCACAUUCUCUUGUUCUCAGCCCCUGCCCUGGACACCUCUGCAGGGCAGCCCUGAAUGUCAACACAGAUUCCUUCUCUGAACACAGGCAGCUUUCUAGAAGUUUCUCUUCCACCUUCUUAUCCACGGGGCACGACUGCAAUAACUUCUGACCUUUGGGUGAAAAAGCUGAGAACUCCUGACUAUGAUAUUCCAGAUAAAAUUUAUUGAAGGAAGAAUA